GUCGAUGCGUAAUAGGAAAAUCCAAUUUUGAGGAAGAAAAACACAAUGAGACUUGUUAAUUUCAUCUGAUUUGUAAAAUAUGUGUGUGUGAUAUGGUAUCCUUCACGAAGGCAUAAGAAGUAUACAGUAGAAGUCUCUAGAACUCACUAGAAAUAUGGCAACAGGAACAAAAGUUAUGCAUCACUUAUCCUCCAGAAGAGACCUGUCCAUGGAUGCUGAUCUUAGUUCAUCACCAUCAAUUACUUAUGAGUCAACGGUCACAAUGGAUGCCAUGGCUGGCCCUCAAGGUACCAGCCUAAGAACGACAAGUGAACUUGGCGAAUCACUCCGGAACACAUCUUCCUUUGAGACUGGUUACCGGUCUAGAGGGGGAAACAGAGCCCCCAGUCACCCCCCAGGGCAGGGGUCUAAAAGCGGUGCCCAGGGUUGGACAGGAAGUGGUCAAGGGGGUCAGAUGCAAGGUCAAGGGUCAAACAGAAACCAGGGUUCAGCACAAACAAACCGUGAUGGUGGAAGUAGCGAAUACGAGGAACAAAGAUUGAACAUCUAUGCCAACCAAAGCCAACAGCAGCAAUAUGGGAACUACCAGCCACCAGUGGGCUCACAGAGAAGGACCUCAAAUGGAGGACAGUAUGUUCAACAAAAAGCUUACCAGCAACCACUUAACCCUCAAAGCCCAUGGCCACUACCGGUGCCAGAUCCUCCCAUGAAGUCAAUUGAAAUUGAUGAACAGUUUGAGCGUGCAAGAGAAGACUUGAGAAAUUUGUCAAUGGAAUUUCCUGACAGUUUGAAGAGCUCAGUAUCAUCGUUUAGCAUGCCUUCAGCUGACUGGGAGGAGGACCUGAAAAAAUACCAUGAUGAACUGCCUCCCUAUCUUCGGAUUGGCUAUAUUGAUGUGCUUAUUCUAUACCACGAAGGGGAUCGGGAUAAAGCUAUAGAGUUUAGAGACCAUCUCAUCAAUGAUAUAGACAUAGGCCAAGAAGGGCCAGUUAAAGCUAUGCUCUAUGAUGAAGCUGGGCUGCAGGCUUUAUCAACAAUGCAGAUUGGUCAUUUGACAAAGGCUGUUGAGAGAAGCACAUAUAUUUUCAUGUAUCUGACCAAGGCUUUCACAAAAGAUACAUGGAUGGAGUUUUCAAGUGAGUCAUGUUUGAUGGAGGCGAUUACCAAUCCAGACAAACAAUGGUGUGUUGUGCCUGUUUACACUGAGAGAAGAAACCAGACAUUCAGAGUGCCAAUGGGGUUGAAUACCUUGAAAGGUAUCAGCUACUACAACAAUGACAAAUUCUAUCGAAACGGACUUGCUCGCCUAAUUGGCGAUAAAGUGAAGGUUCGUAAACGACUUAAUGAGGAAUUAAAGACUAAACAGAAGCACUGGAUAGAGACUUUCAAAAGAUACACGGCACAAGUUGCUGAAAACCAAAGGAGAACACAAAUAAUAGAAGAACAUUAUACAGAAAGUUACGUGAAUGCCAUACAGUACGAAACUGAGCAGAUGCAUUUAGGACCAAUGGUUGUUCCACCGUCAAUGCAAUCGACCAGCAGAAACAUUGCACACUCACAGAGUGAAAAUUGCAUGCAAUCUGUUAAACCACAGAAUCCUGCCGUUCAGAGAGAAUUUAAGGAACUUUCACGUCAGAUAAAUAGUGGGUCAUCGGCAGCACAUUCUCAGAACAGGAAUAUUGUUGGUGGUUCUGAAGUAAUGAACCAGUAUCAGGCUGGUCUCAAACGGGGAGUUUCAAACCAAAGUACAGUGUCUGGCGAUAUGGGCAAUCCUUCAGAUGUACAAGUUCAUCAGGUACACACACAGCAUGGAACCUUCGCAGUUGAUGUUCCUCUGAGUGUAUGGGAAAAAAUAAAAUAUCUGCCAGAGAAAGAGAGAAAUGAAAAAAUCCGACUUUACUUUGAACAAACCCAGACACGAUAUUCUCAAACUUUUCAUAAAUCAGUCAGCCAGCCAGAUAUCCAUGAUUGGCCUUCUCAUUACAAUGCAAUGUCUAUGUCUGUUCCUGAACCAAUAAUGGAAAGGAUUAAAAGUCUUGCCCUAGACGAACAGCAAAGUGCUAUUGAUUUUUAUUAUGAAACUGUCAAGGAAGAGCUUGCUGGAAAACAACAAGAACAGUCAUAUGGGGAGGGCAACAGACCCAAUUUAUCAAUGAUGCAGAUGGAAGAAAGAGUUAGUGAGGGGCAAGAAGGCAGUUUCCAAAGCUCCUACGACUCUUAUAACAGUGGAUCUUGCACCAACAAUGAAUGUGCUGGACAAGUUCCAAAUCUAAGCUUAUUCAUGGCGGAAACAGAUGGUCUUCAAAGUAAUGUCAACCCCUCUGAGAGUCAGAACAGGCCUCAUGAUGGCUAUAAGGGGCGGAGUAAAACGCAGCAAAUCCCUGAGGGGGGUGUAUCCCCUGUCGGACAGAGGAAGGAGGUGCAUUCAGAGAAAUUGGCCAUUGGCAAAGAAGGACUACAUAAAGUCAUUCAGAAACAUGUCCACUACACCAUAAAUGUUGUUGGUGCCACUAAUGUACAGAUCGGUGAUCAUAAUGUUGCCCAAACUGGAACCCAAAUACCAAACAAGACUGAGGAUGAUGAUGACAGCGGUGAAGAAUCAGAUGGUGAGGAGGAGGAGGAAUUUGUGAAAAAGGAGGAGGAAGAUAUUAAGAGUAAUCAGGAGCAGACAACAGGUGCAUGUGAGGAUUUGGAGCUGAAACUUGGAAAAGAAAGUGAGUUAAAUGAUGAUGAAACAAGCUCCAAAGCUGGCUUCGACCAGGACGAAAACUCCCCGUCGCGGGGAGAGAUUGGGACAAUUCGUAGUGGAUCCCCAAACACCGCAAGUUCGUGUAAUGUGGAUGCCGCACCGUCUACCAUCCUGCCGAGGGAAGAGGAUUUAGGAUCUACAGCUGUGGGACUAGGAAAGAUGAGCCAUAAGCCUAUUCCAGGGGGAAUAAUACAGGAAACGGAAAUAGUUCAGACUACUGCAAAGAAAACAGUUGAAAAUGAUGAAAGUUUUGAAGUGUUUAGUAAGUCAUACAUGGAGAAGAGCCAAAGAGAAGACGGUGUUAACAGGAAUAUUUCUGCUGCGUCCUUUAAAUCCAGUGAAAAACAAAAGACCCUGGUCCCAGUUGCUCCAAUGGUCCGCUCAGGACAAAAGAGCCCACAAAUGGAGAAGCCUAGGGCUAAAAUUGCCACUGUGAGACCUUUUGUUCAGGGGGUUUCACCUAAAGAGAAUGGUUCUGACAGUGAUAAUGAUGACAGUACAGAUCAGAAGAUGGUUUUCAGCUCAGAUAACACCGACCCUAAGAGGGUUUACACAUAUUCGACAACUCACACUGACAACACUUUGGUCAAACCGUUUGUGAGAAAUCAGCCAAUCGGAGCUGAGAAUAAACAAAGCCUUUCUGCUCAGCCGCAAUUGCUCACUGAUGCCAGAAAACCAGAAGAAGCAAGGGACCCAGCCGGGUUCCACUUUUCCCAAUAUACUAAGCAGGCUCCAUUUUACCGCAACCAGUUUCCGCCAGCAAGCACAGGCAAUAUGGUAAAUGAGCUUGACAGCUCUACCAGAUCUGUAACUUCUGCGAACAAUGAACAGGUGGAAGUAGGGGUUGACCCUCUGGCUGACAGAGCCAUGCAAGAAUCCAAUGGAUUUUCACCAGGAACUGCAUCAUUCCAUCCAAAUCUCGACAAUAAUCCCGAGGGAAGUCAAAACGACCUGGAAUAUGACAUGCUUGAUUCAGACAGUUUUGAAGGGACGGAGCUCGAGGAAGGGUUACGGAAAUCAUCCUCGUUGGGCAGUUCGAAGAGUUCGCGUAAAAGUAAUGGUAGUGUAAGAGAUAAGGAAUGUCUGAUCUCUUAAUGAAAUAUUUUGAGAUAGGGAGGUUUUUGAAACAACUCUUAAUAUGAGUAAUAGAGUUACUCAUUUGUUAAAUUUUUUGCGAAAUGUUCACCCUUGAUGAGAAAAAAGAGUUGCCGACUGAUGAUUUAGUUUUAAAAAUGUCGUGAAAUCAGUUUGUAAAUUAAUGAUGAUGGUGACGGGGGGGGGAAAGAUAUUCUGUGAUCAAUUAUUACAUUGUGUUAGAGAUGAUGACAGAUAAGGUUUUGUAAGAGAAAGUUCCUUCAGUUCUUAUUGUGAUGUGAAGCACGGCGUAACAGCCUAGUAAUGCAUGUACAUGAUGAUGUAUGUGCCUCUAUCCCAGAUGAGAGCAGGAUAUGAGUUAUACCACAGUGUUUUGCUCAGAGACUUUAAUCAACUGUUGAGGCAUUAACUAAAGAAAGCUUGUGUUUUGUUACGCAAGAUGUCUAGAAUGCUUCUUUGCCAUAAACUAGGUCAGAAACCUUAACCAAGCUGUGCCUUAUACUGGAAUACGACAACAUGAACCUGACAAUGGAGUGUAACCCUUCAAUGGUGGAAGAUGUACUCAGAUUGGGUACAGUGCUUGUGUUCGCCAGAUCACGGCUUCAAUGCUUAGUCAAGAUACAUUGAAUGUUAGUAUUUAUAUACAAACGUAUGGCACACAUGAAUUCAAAUCAGCAAGUUUGACUUGCUUGAUGUUUAAGAAUAUCUUUAGUUGAUACCGUAUUAUCACAAGACAUUUUGGCACAUUGAUAAUAAGUCUUACAAUAAGCUGGGCUUGAGUAAAGCCCCAAAUUUGAAAGUCGGUGUCUUGGAAGUGGUUUUACUAAAUGAGUUUGCUUGAACAUAUGAAAUGUUUUCUUUAAGAUAGGGCUUUUUUGGGGGAACCCCAAGUCUGUUAUUGAAUUGUGUAUUAUUUUGGAAAAGUCACAAAUGGCAUAAAUUGUUGGUGAUGUUAAAUUAAGUACAGGUUACCUUUGCCUGGUGUGCAGUUUAUAUUUUUGCAAAAUUUUCCGAGCAAUAAAUUAUACGGAAAAAACAUUGUGUAUAAACAUGAAUUCAUCAUCAUAAAUGUUCACCAAAAUGUAUAUAUUUAUGUUAUGUAUUGUUAUGAACUCGAGUUUUCAUUAUAACUUGUGUUUUUAUUGCAACUGAAGUGCUUUUAUGAUGUGCUAUGAUGGAUGAAGACUUUCUAAUGUGAUGAUGUGUAUAGAAUUGUAGCUGUUCUCCAUUGCCUAUAUAAUAUCCUUAGGAAAAUAAACCACAUUAUUGAAAUAAAAUGUAUAUUGAUAUCACAUUAACUGUGCAACAUCUAUCAUUGCUUCUUUCUCAACUGUUCAAAUAAAAAAAAUGGUUUUAGCUUUUGAAAGAAAUGCUUCAAUCGUUAUACAGUGUAUAUCUUUCAAACUGUUUUCCAUGUUUAUUUUUGAUUUACCACACAAAGGCAUCAUAUUCUAAGUGAGAUCCAGAUUUUGUAUUUGAAAUUCUACUUGACUAAUUUACACUGCUAUCAUCAGCCAAAUGCUUUAUCUGUACCCGAUAAUUUACUUGCAUCAGCAUGAAAAAAUCCAUUUUACCAAUUACUGUUGGCAAAUUAAGUGUUUCAAGUAUUUGAGACAACGAAUGGUUAUUGCAUAAACUUUGCCCCAAUCUAUCAAGUAAAUUUUAAGUGCAUGUGAAUUGACUUCGCAGGUCAAAUACCCGGUAAACCAAUUGUCCCUAGCAUAUUCUUUAAUGUGUCACAUGAAAAUUAAUACCAAGGAGGUGGGCUUGUACUAAGGCGUAGCAUCCAUACAUGCACAGUUUGCAUUGGUUUCGUUGACCAAUUUAAUUUUUUUUGUUUUAAUUUGUACCAUUCUUGUUCACCAGAGUGAUGAUGCUCUGCGUACCAUGUAAUCAUGAUAGAUAUAUCAUUAUCAAACCUCUGAUGCAUGAGAAUGAUUUUUACUUGCAACAGGAAUCCUUUGUGUGUAAGAAGCCGCUGUUGGGACAGUACAAACUGACCGUCUUUGGUGCAAAAUGGAAAUGUGAUAGUGCUUUGUUUAACUGAUUGUCGAGCACAUUUCGCUUAGUUUAUUUAUUAACAGUUGUUUUUGUGUGCUUUUGUUAUUUAUUUGUUAUAUUUUAUGUUCUUAUUUUGAAUAAUGGUCUAUUUGGACGGUAUGAGUUGCUGUUAUGUAGAUCACUUCAUUUUCAUAAAGUUUGUCAAAAGCUUGAUAUUUCCAUAUACCUUUACAUGUUAAGAAGUGUGUACAUUUGUUUUUAUCAACAAAGUUUUCUUCUGUUACAUUUUUUCAGCCUUUUUUAGUUCAAUUAGGCCUAUAUUCUUUAUUGGUCUUUCCCUAUUAUCCACCACAAUCAAACAAGAAUAUUUACACUCUUACUUAUAUAUAGCUCUUCCAUAGAUAAAUGUUUAUCCUUUCCAUUGUAUUUAUUUUUCAUUGAAAGCAACAUCUUCAGAAUACCUCUGAUAUUACAAAAACAACUCUAGUGGUUGGUCAAAAGACAUAAAGAUGUAUGUGAUGUUGAUGAAGAAAUUGACUUCAAUACUUCCUCUGCUGUUCAAACAGCCAAAUUUAUCCUUGCUUCAACUGUCUUGGAAGCAUUAUUUUCAUCAUUGUAGUUGGAGUAUCCUAGAGGACACAUGUGAAUGAUGAGUGUAAAUAUAAACAGUGAAUAUUUAAGAAUUGCAGUUUAUCGGUUAAUGAAAACAUUUGGCCAGUGCACUGAUUAUGGUGGUGUUAUAGGCUUCAUUAACUAUGAUUCACCUAAUGUUAUCAUACACCGAUGUACACCAAUAUUUAAUUCAUUUCUUGUACCUACUACUGCUGAAUUAAUGAUUCAACAUUUUUCCAGCAAGGGUCAUCACCGCCAUUUUUUGUUUGAAUUCAAAAUUGUUUCCAUAUUUCCUUUAUUGCUUUGCUUAUGAUCCUUACAAAUUUCAUCAGUUAAAGAGACUCUCUCAUAGACUGGCAAAUAACUUUUUAAACGCCUGCUCGUAGAAUACACAUAUUAUAGUAUCACAAACUUUGGGAAGGGGGCGUCCAGUAUGUUGGGUCAAUAACUUUAGAAGCAUAUCUAAAUUCGGUCUGAAUUUGUUUGAGCAUGAUCUCUGGACAAGAUCAAUAACCAGCCAUAUUGCUCUAGAUUCUUGAGAGUAAUCUUUUUUUAAUUAUAGAAAUUACAUAAAAUCAGUCUUGUCCGAUCAAUUAAAUCGGAAGCAUUUGUCCAUUUAUGACCAAAUUUAGUCAGAAUGAGUAUAAUAGAAUAGAUAUUGGUGCCAGGCUAUGUGAGAAUCCCUUUAACAUGUCAUUUACAGGUAUGUUUGAACAUUAAAUAAACCCAAAACGCAUUAAGCCUUAGUUUUUUGUUCAACAUUAAUUAUCAUUUAUUUAAAGGUAAAUUGUAAAAAUUGGUUCAUUUAUUUUGAGGUUGUGCUACAUGUUAUGUUUUAAGCUAUGCAUUUUUUGUGUGUCUCCUCUUAUAACUGAAAUAUUGUAUUACAGUUAACAGGAGAGUUCCUGUAGCAUUUUGAAUUGUACGCUUGUACACAUUAUUUGAGGGUCUAAUUAAGUCCCAAUAUGUAAUACCAUGAUGGAGAUGGAGGGAUGUCCAUUCCCUUCGAUUUUUUUUAAUAAAACAGACAUGACAAAGAACCCUUUUCAAGCAUUCCAAACCCAAACUUUCACUGUAAGUAGGAGAAACAUCAACAAGUACAAAGUCUUGUUUAUUCUGGAUCUUGAGAUGUAAGCAUUUUCCAUUUUGGGGGAGCCGAUUUUAUUUUGUAUGCCCGGACAUACUGGAGUGUGCCUUGGUAUGCCUCUGGUUGACAAUAUUUCAUUUACAUUAUUUGAACAUAAAUGUUGUUUAGAAAAUUGUACUCUAAUUCCAAAUGAAAUUUAAAGAUA